AAUUCACUUCGCCCCCAUUCUUACCCCCCUGUGUUCGGGUUCAAUAUGCCUGGGACGUGUACCUCCGUACAUACAGUACGACUAGGCUACGCGUACAAGAGUUUCAUGCUCCCCUAGUAUUUCUAUUUUAUGGUCUAGAUCCUCCGCCUACAAUUUCGGAAUCACGUGAAUCGAUAGUGAGAUAGUGACGUCAACCUCAAUCCAGCCACAAAGACCUCAUCCCAUCCGGCUUGCCGGCUAAAAUCCAGGUCCGUCUCCACAACAACCGCAACAACCGCAAGCCACCAACGAGAAAUAUUAUCAGCUCAAACACCGCAACAAGCGAUCCAAGAGAUUCCGAAAAACUCAAAGAAAGAUGUCGUCCAAUGAAGAACGAACCUUCACCCGCCUCGUCAAUGAGCACCGCGCUCAAAACAACCCCGCAUCCGUAAAUACCCUCAACGAAGCAGAAUGGCACACGAAACUUUCUGGAAAGAAGAUUGUCGAUGGCCCCGCUCAUUCUGUACGACGGCCCCGCUUGCUCUCGACUUCCCACUCCAAAAUACUCUUAUACUUGGGAGCUAAUGAGCUGUUUUUCAGGCGGAUACUUUCAGCAAAAGGGAUUUACCUGAGAGGCAUAGGGUAAUUCCUCCCGGAGCGGUCGUCACCAAGGAUCACGACCCGGAUAGGUGAGUUUUUUGUUUUUCUUCAGACCGGGAAUAUACCAUGGCGGGCUAACGAGGGAAUAACAAUCAUUCUAGGCUGAACGUACACGUCGACGAGCAGGGGAAUGCUUCGCAUGUUACUUAUGGCUAAGCUAUAGUAACCUGAUGGUCCGGGAAGUUGAGGUUCGGGAGCUGGGGGGUGAUUGAAUGGUCUCUGUGAGCUGGAGCUUCGAUAUAUCAGGUUGUUAAAUUAAUUUUCAACUGGGCUCGAAGCUGUUCAACUGUUCCU